AGCUCUCAGAACUCUACGAAAUACGUGAAUGACCUGCGUUUUGAUCCAGUGAUGAAAACGUAGUGGCGUUAUCGUAAAUAUAAGGGACUCAGGACAUUCCUCCAGGGCCAUUGACUCUGUCACCGAAAAAUGUGCGUAAAACGAUUGAAUUACCGUCUUAUAUUACACACACAUGUGGAUAUUUAGUCUGACUCAACGUAUCUGGGUGGGGGUAGUGAGUCAGAGUGCAACUCAUACUCAGAACGAGAAGAAUAUUUUCUGCAGUCAGCAGUUGUAGUUGAAUGAAAUUGUGGGUGUGGGAGAUUAAAGUACUUGAAGCAAUAUUCGUUGGUUUAUUGAAGGAGAUAUUAAUGGAAAAUUACUAGAUAAUUCAUGGGGCACAACACGCAAAUGGAGCAAGAGGCCAAUCGCCCCAAGUGGCUCCUGGAGCUGGAGAAUCGGAAAAGAAAACCGCGUCUGGCCCACGAAGUAGGUGCAGGAUCUCCUUGCAUAAAGUGCACAGUGUCGUGUCCGGGAUUGGACCUCCACUUCUGGCGUAAAAUUUGCAAAAAUUGCAAGUGCAGCCGAGACGAUCACGAUGUGCCCGAUGAGGAUUUCCCACAGUUCGAUCUGCUCUUCGGUCCCAGUGGGGCCCCCAAGAAAAAAUCAAUAAUCCUCAAGAGAAAAUCAAACGAGGAGACAUACGAAUGGGCGCCUCCAGACGCCUCGAAGGAACUCGCCAUCGACUACAUGAAGGCCCUCCCCGAGGACAAAUUGCCAAUAAAGGGAACAGCUGGUGCUGCUUUGAGGAAGCAACAGCUCCAGAAACAACUUCCUCUCCACGAUAUCGAUCACAAGGUGUGCGACGAGCUGACCGAUUCCGAGAGGAAACAAUUUGAGAAAUAUUUGGAGAACUUGAAGAAAUACGUUGGACAGGGGAGAGUUUCCAAAUUUACGACAGCUCGACCCUUUGAUAGAGCCAUGAUGACACCUGCCAAUGCCUCUGAGUGCUUCAGUCCCAAGCACAAACCCUCACCAAUACUCGGUAAUUCCCCGAAUCUUCGGACCCCAAGUAGUUUCGUACAGAAAAAAUCUCAUCUGUCUCGAGACAAAAGUCCAACUGAUCCGAUUCUCGCGUCGACUAAACGUGAGUUCCUGGUGAAUCCACCAUUCGAUAAAUUCUCCAGCGAGUCAUCAAAACUGGGUCAAUACCAGAUUUCUGGAAAUAUCAGUAGAAUUCCACAAGACGAGACAACAGCUGUCCCUCUAGGGGCUCCAGGAUCUCACAGCACCCCAGGAAAUCUGAUCUCAAAAGACUUUUGUCCAAGUGAUCCAAUUCUAACCUCAAGUAAACGAGAAUUUUUGUCAAAUCCCUCAGCUGAUCAGUUCUUCAGUGAAGCAUCGAGACAAGGAACACCUCACCAGAUGUCUAGAGAUAUUAAAAACGAGUUUCCUCAGACUCCAGCAGUUUCUGGAGCUGACAAUCCUGGAAUAAAUCUAUCGAAUGGCAUUCGAAGGGACAUCUCCAAUCCACCAGUUCCUCCUGAGCUCCCAGGAUGUUAUGCACUGAAUUCCACAGGUCAGCCAGAAAUCCUAAAAGACUCCAUGAACACAGCCCUACACUUUGCUCAGUCAAAUCUCUACCCUGAGCACCCUGGGACCAUCAGUAACACUCUUCCCUGUUAUCCCCAGUACCAGAGAACUGGUGGAGUGAAGCUGGAUCACGUAGUGAAUGACAAUAAACCCCUGAGAUCUCAUCAGUGGGCGAAAAAGCUGGAGAAACCGAUCAACUCACACGAUGACAACUCCAUUCUGGCUGAGCAGAUGCUGUCAGAAGCCCUUUUGCCACCCAGUUCAAUCAACUCAAACGACAUUAUUGCUAGUACUUUGGAUGAGAAGGGACUUUCCUAUAUCAGGGAGAAACUCUCUUCGAAAUACGGAGAUAAGGAAGAAUCCGAUAUUCAGAGUCAAAUCCCCAUGAGAUCUAGAGAUUUCGAGGGUGGACCUGGCACACGAGAUGUCAGGAUCACUGACAACACCAGACCUGUGGCCUCUCAGUUGCUGUCGUAUGGGGGAAUUAAUCCGAAUGUCAUUCAUUCUGUCAAUCAGCAGAAUCCAGUGUUCCCUGAGGCAGCUGUUGGUACUGUCAGGACAAUGGAGCAUCCGGGGGUUAAUCGGCUAACCUCGGCUGUGGAAAAUAUGACGAUUUAUCCGAUUAAGCAGAAAUGCCAACAGUGUGCCGAGGAUAUUGUUCUCGGGGAUGUCAUUGUCACUGCUGAACAGGCGAAAGACGCUGCCUGGCAUCCUGGCUGUUUUGUCUGUUCAGCAUGUGAUGAACUCCUCGUUGAUCUCGUUUAUUUCUACCACAAGGGUAAAUUGUACUGCGGUCGUGACUUCGCCGCUCUCCUGGAGAUACCCAGGUGUUUCGCUUGUGAUGAGUUGAUUUUCGUGAGGGAAUAUACAAUAGCGGAGGGUCACAAUUAUCACGUGAAACACUUCUGCUGUUGGGAUUGCGAUGAGCCUCUCGCUGGAAAGCAAUAUAUCUCCGAAAGUGAUCGACCACUUUGUCUUCCAUGUUACCAAAAGACUUACGCAAAAACUUGUUCUGCGUGUAAUAGAGUCAUUGCCGCUGACCAACAGGGGGUCAAUGUGAAAAAUCUGGACUUCCACGCCUCCGAGGAGUGCUUCUGCUGUGCCAAUUGCAAAAAAAGUCUUCUCAAUGGUAGAAUGGCUAUCAAAGAGAACAAACCAUUCUGCAGCAAAGAAUGCAUCACAACAUUCCUAAAUAAAAUAUAAUUGAUACUUGGAUAUUUCGGUGAAAUUUUGUACUGAUAUCGACACGAUUUAUAGAAUAAAGUACUUUUAUUUUAUCAUCAACGUUCAAAAAAAUUUACAAAGAGUAUCGAGUCAUUGUAAUGUUAAACAUUCAUUUACUCCAGCAACAUUUAAACACAAAUAUUUUAUCAGAUACCAACAGCUCUCGUCUAUCAUUCAGAGAUACGAAAAAUAUAUUUUUCAAUAUGUAACUGCCAGUAUCUAGGCUGUUGGGAGCCAAAGAAAUGAGAAGUAAAUUCAAUAAUAAAAAAUUAAUGUGGGUCAGAGCAUUGUAAUUCAAUUGCCGAAUAUUUCGUUGGAACAGUAAAGGAGUUUACAGAAUUAAACAAAUUAUUCUUCCUCUGCAAUAAUUUGCUACUGAAAUGCAAACUAUGUCCAUAAUUAAUGAGAACGUCUGAUUUCUGAUUUACGUUUUAUCGUUUUGCUACAGAAAUUAUGUAAAUUACUCCAGCAAACUUAUUCAUAAACUUUCCUUCCUGUUUAACAGCGAGCAAGAAAAAAAGGGGAGG